ACAAACAAGUGGAGCUGAAGUUAUAUGAUCAUUCAGACACGCUUACCUGUUGAAACUGGGAAAUUAAUGAUAUUUCUUGGUUUCGGAUGGAGAUAUUAGGCAGCACGUUUGACGACUCGGUGUUUUCGGAGGCGAGAGACCGAGUGUGUGUGUCCCUGUCCUCCUAUAACGCCAAACUGUGUGAACCAGAGUGGUUUUGUGACAGUGCUGCUCUCGAUACUGAUGAUUCUUUGGAGAAGCAGAAAGUCUACAAGUUCAGAGGUGACUUGGCCGUGAGACAAGGGAACUAUAAGAAAGCCCUGGAUGCCUACAACAGCUGCCUGCAGUGGAUCGCCGACAACAACCUGACCAUCAGACGAGAUGUGCUGGAGGGAAUGGCCCGAUGCUGCACCAAACUGGGGCAGAGAGACAGGGCGCUGGAGUUGACAGAAUUACUGAGCAAAGAAGCCUCCAACACCUGUCACCUGACCAGCCUCCUCCUGCUUAAGGUCAGCAUCUACCAGCAUUUUGGAGCCGUCAGAUCAAAGAUGUUGUCUCUGCAGCAGCUGUGCAGCCUGCUGCCCUUCAACCCCUGGCACUGGUUCAGUCUGGGACAGACGUGUUUGCAGCUGCUGGACAGCGACAGAACCACAGAAUCCUGCAUCUCUAAAAGUUGUGAGUCAGCAGAAGAGCGGGGGGAUGGAGAGUCUGAGGAGCAACAGGAGGCGGCAGCAGAGCUCAGUGAGGACAGAAUCUGGCUCAAAGCUUGCACCUGUUUCAUCAGGACAAGACUCCUGUUGAGAAUCCUCCGGCAGCAGCAGUCCUCCUUUGUGCUGCAGCGCAGCGAAAGCGCUCUGCAGAUAACAGACGAGGCCUUACAGCGGCUAAAUCCUAAAGAAACAACGCUGCAGGCCGUCACUGAGGUGAUGUCAGAGGAUCUGAUCCCAGAAAAGAUGAGGGAGGACUACCAGGAUGGGGAAAGUCUGACCAGUGUGUGUUUGCAGAGCUUCAGAGAGCGCUGGUGGAACAAGAUCUUACUGACGUCGGUGUUAGAGACUGAUGGACGGCAGCACAGCACAAACACAGAGUCCUGAUGCUCCUGUCUCUGAAUGGUUACACAUGCUGACGACGUUUCCCACAAAUGUUAACUUAUUAUGCUACAAACAAUAUUCAAACUCGCACUCGUAAAAUGUAACAAUUUUGUUUGCGGCUUCGUAUAAUUGAAAAACGGGCAGAACUGCACAGUGAAUGUAGUUAUCAUGCAUUCUACAGAACCAAACAGACGCCUGAAUAUUUCAUCCACUCCAUGCUGUGGACAAUAUCAUGUAUGUUCUGCAAGUGAGACAUUUUUUUUUAUGUUUACCAAAAAUAUCACUUACGCCUUAACAUGCUCAUAAAACAUUAGAAUGUUGCUAAUGUUGGUGUUAUUAUGAAUAAAAAUGUGCUGAAAUAUAUAUAUAUAUAUCGUGUUGUGUAGUUGUUAUAAACCUGACAAAAUAAAAAUGACAAGUGAGUAUGAA